GCCUCACAGAAAGCCUCACGUUGUGCAGUGGAGAAACAGAGAAGGGGAAAAGAGGAGUGGUCAGGUGACAGUACUGACCACAAUGCUGUCGGGCCAGUGGUGGCCCAGUACUUGGGGGAGCCUAGGAUUGGGACCCAGAAAUACUUCUCGGGGAUCCCAGCUCUGUGCCCUCUAUGCCUUCACUUAUACUGCGGCAGAUGGCCAGCAGGUAUCUCUGGCUGAAGGGGAAAGGUUCCUACUGCUUCGAAAGACCAACUCAGAUUGGUGGUUGGCAAGGCGCCUGGGAGUACCAUCCACCUCACGACCCAUCUUCGUACCAGCUGCCUACAUGACAGAGGAAUCUAUCUGUUCCCAGAGCCCAACUACCGUCACCACCAGGAAAUCUCUCUCGACUCAGGAGCCACAGUUGUUUCCUGGCUCACUGGAGGAACUGCACCUAUCUCAGGCAACCCCAGGCAGAGCCCAGACUACAUCACAGCAGCUUCUUUCUCUUCCCCCCCAAAUCAGUAGAAGUGUCAGUGUUACCAAUUUGAGGCCCACCCUCCUGAAGCCCUUCCAGGAUGGACAAAAUGGAAGCUCUCUCUCCCGGGAGGACUUGCUGACAGAGGCCAAUUCCAGUGUGGCAGGACCCCAGCCCCUCAUGUCAGAGUCCCCUGUGUACUGUAACUUACUGGACCUUCGCCGUUGUCCCCGGUCCCCACCCCCAAGCCCUGCGUGUCCCCCGCUGCAGAGGCUGGAUGCCUGGGAGCAGCACCUGGACCCUAACUCUGGACGCUGCUUCUACAUAAAUUCGCUGACUGGCUGCAAGUCCUGGAAGCCCCCACGCCGCACUCGAAUCCGAGAGAACCCGGGCUCCAUGGAGGGAACACAGACCCUGAAUAGGGACAACGGUGUCCUGCAGCCUCAGGCAAAGGGCUCAGAAUCUGGAACACGGUCCCCAGAACUGCUCAACCCCCAGGGUUCACCCUGCCUCAGCCAACGCACCUCCCAGCUCAACCCCUCAGAUCAGCCUUCAGCCAGGCAGUCCCUUCGGCCUCUGCCACAAGUCCUGGACGACCCUCAUGAGGUGGAAAAGUGGGGCCAGCUCAACAUGACUAAGAUUGCUCAGGGUGGUCGCAAGCUCAGGAAGAACUGGGGCCCAUCUUGGGUAGUGUUAACUGGUAACAGCCUGGUGUUCUACCGAGAGCCACCCCUCGCUGCACCCUCCUCAGCCUGGGGACCAGCGGGCAGCCGACCCGAAAGCAGCGUGGAUCUACGCGGGGCGGCCCUGGCCCAUGGCCGCCACCUGUCCAGCCGCCGCAACGUCCUGCACAUCCGCACGAUCCCUGGCCAUGAGUUCCUGCUGCAGUCAGACGUCGAGGCGGAGCUGCGGGACUGGCACCGCGCGCUGCGGGCGGUCAUCGAGCGCCUGGAUCGGGAGAACCCCCUGGAGCUGCGUCUGUCGGGCUCGGGACCUGCGGAGCUGGGAGAGCUGAGUGCUGGGGAGGACGAAGUGGAGUCGGAGCCCGUAUCCAAGCCUCUGACACUUUUCGGCGGCCGCCGGAGCUCCAGUCGCUGCCCAGAAGGAACUGAACAGAACCGUGUUCGGAACAAACUAAAGCGGCUUAUCGCUAAGAGGCCGCCCUUGCAAAGCCUGCAGGAGCGGGGUCUGCUCCGAGACCAGGUGUUUGGCUGUCAGUUGGAGUCACUGUGCCAGCGGGAAGGAGACACCGUGCCCAGCUUUGUGAGGCUCUGCAUUGCUGCUGUAGAUAAGAGAGGUCUCGAUGUGGAUGGCAUUUACCGGGUGAGUGGGAACUUGGCAGUGGUCCAGAAACUGCGCUUCCUGGUGGACAGAGAGCGGGCAGUCACCUCCGAUGGGAGGUAUGUGUUCCCAGAACAACCAGGACAAGAAGGCCGGUUAGAUUUGGACAAUGCUGAGUGGGAUGACAUUCAUGUGGUCACUGGAGCCCUGAAGCUUUUUCUCAGGGAGCUACCUCAGCCUCUGGUACCCCCACUGCUGCUGCCCCAUUUUCGUGCUGCCCUUGCACUCUCGGAAUCAGAACAGAGCCUUUCUCAAAUACGAGAAUUAAUAGCCUCAAUGCCAAAGCCCAACCAUGACACUCUGCGGUACCUCCUGGAGCAUUUAUGCAGGGUGAUAGCACACUCAGAUAAGAACCGCAUGACUCCUCACAAUCUGGGAAUUGUGUUUGGACCAACCCUGUUUCGACCGGAGCAGGAAACAUCUGACCCAGCAGCCCAUGCUCUCUACCCUGGGCAGCUAGUCCAGUUGAUGCUCACUGACUUCACCAGCCUCUUCCCCUGACUGGGGUGUGGAAGAAGAGAAAACGUGUUUUCAGUGAUACCCUUCGAUGGUAUGGUGUGUUCUGAGGACAUCCCUUUAAAUCUUUGUCUUCUAGAUGACUGUCUCCAUUUUUGUGAGUCUGACCUGCGGAGCUGGGAAGUAGUGAGGUAGCUUCUCUAAAGAGGAAAUGGGAGAUUUUAACCCCUGCUUCUCUUCUUGUUCCCUGUCAUCACCCCUCCCCAAGAUAUUAGCAUAUAAAGCAGGGCUCUUUCUGAUGCAGUUCCUUUAUUAGGAAACAGUGUCAUUAUCAAAUUCUUUCUCCAAAUAUAUACAGAUUUUAUACAGCCCCCAGCCCCUACCUCCUAUUCCUGGGGCAUCCCAAGGGGCUAUGGCUCCUUCUCCUGACUUCUCUGGGGGGAUGGACACCCCUUAGGAAAUGUGGAUCUGUAAUGGGUGGGAUUCCACACUUUAGGCACUAGAGUUGAGGAAUUGUGUCUCACCAGGCAAGGAUUCCAGUAAGACACUCAUGUUGCCCACAGCCAUGUUGGGGGCUCCAGAGGGAGGUGGAGUGUGUUCAGAGUUGUCCCCCUGGUUGUGGGAUGGGGGAGGACUCAGUCCCUGGGCCUCAUCCAGAAUAGCCACAAAGUCCAGCUGAGUGUUGUCAAGAUCAAGAGAGUCCAGGGGGUUACAUACCUGUCCUUCAGGAGGAGGGUAUAAGGCAGGACCCCCUCCUAACCUGCCCACCUCAGGGUGCCCACAGCUGGGGUUGGUGCCCCCUGCCUUUAGGGGCCCAUAGCAAGUUGGCAGUGGGGGCAAAAGUCGGGGUGGUGCUGCUGCUCUAUGGGAAGCCUUGUUUCCCCCCACUGCAAAAUUUUCAUGGCAUGGUGAAGGCGUAGGAUAGGAGCCUGACUUAUGAUUGUGCAAGUUAGGUACAAAGCCAGGUCCAUAUGUGGCCACUGGGGCCUUGGCAGGGUUUGGACUAACCUGGGAACCCCCCAGAAACUUGGGACUCUGGUAGAGAGGUUCCGGGACUGGAGUAUUUCCCCUGC